AUGCAUGUGAGCCCGCUGACGCCCAAGUCGAAGCGAAGCGCUUUUGGGAAGAGCAUUGCCCAGAAUUGCUCCGACAAUUUGGAUCUGAUUGAUCAGGACCAGUCAGGAGAUUUGGACCAUGCAGAGGUUGAGACUCUGCUGGCUGCAAUGGGGUUGCAAGGCGACGACAGUAAGAACAUAUUGCUCGCAAUUUUCCGAGAUGGUGGCCGCAAGACGAAUCACUUGGAGCUUACGGAAGCAAUUCUGGAUAAUUCUGAUUUGGACCAGGAAACGCUGGAAGUGAUGCUCGGACGCGUGGCACUGUUCGGAAAGGUGUUUCGCCGGCUGGACGCGAACGGAGACGGGCAGCUUAGCCUUUCCGAGAUCAUCAAGAUGAUGGAGAUGCUGAAUAUCGACACAAAGCUGGCAGCAGACAUGAUGGCUUUUCUUGAUGCUGAUGACUCUGGUGAAGUAACCUGGCAGGAGUUUGUCCGGGGUGUGUGUAGCAACCAGUUCAAAGUCCUCUUUCCAGAGAUCACGCUGGAAGCCUUAGUAGAUUUGCCCUCGAGUCUGCAGUGGGACAAGUUCGUGAGCGAGGAUGAGCAGGUCUCGGCAAUUCGAGGACUGCCAACAGUCGAAAAAACACUGUACUGGGUACUGUCGCUGAUGUACGGCAACUCUUCACAUCGCCGCAUAUCCCCAGAAGACGACGAGGACCUGCGGAGUCUCCUUCACAGCAGCGACCUGGUCGUCAAGAGGCUGAGUGAAAAAUCCGCCGGCCGGAAGUCGGGGGGCCAAACCGGUUUGGACACUGCGAUUGCAAACAUACAGGAGCCAGCACAGCCCCUAGCCAUAGAUAUGGAGAAAGAAGCCCUGCCAUCACUGUCAUCUCCCUGCAUGGCGCACGUGGAGACGGUGUCGAAGGGAGCCUUUGCUGUGUCCGACAUUCCUGCGUUGGUGAAGACCAUGAACCAGAAGACAGUCGUGGUGGUCACACGAAAGCAUCCCAAGCAUCCCGCGAAAGUGCAGCCAGCGACCCUCCGCCUGGGCCAUGCUUUUUCUGGGACCCAUACGAUCGUCGUCAGGAAGGAGGCCAAGGAUCCCACCUCCUACGCUCGUCCGGCCUCCGUCCAACUCAAGGUUCCAAUGCCCGCUUUGCCGGAGAAAACAGAAGCUCCAGAGCCUGGGGAUUUCCAGCUGGUGCACUUCCCUGUCGCGGAGGAGAUGCCUCCGCCCGCGGCAGCCCCACCGGUCCUGCAGAAACGCCGCAGCAGCGUUUCCAGUCUCCAGGGCGCAGUCGGUGCAGUAAGCAACAUGCUCAACGGAAUCACCAGUGCCUUUGGCAUGAGCAAGGAAACGGCCAGCAAGGAGCCCAAGGUCGGUACAAUGUCCGUGGCCCAAGCCGCAAGCUACAUCCGCUCCAUGGACGUCAAGGUCCCUGUCCGAGAAGGGACUUUCAGCUCGUGCUUGGCCGUGCCCGAUAGCAUAAGAAGACUUAGCAUCUGUGUUUUGUGUGCUUGGCUUCUUUCAGCGAGUGUUCUGAUCGCAGUUCUCUUGACAGGCUCCGACUCCCAAACUUUCUGUUCAAUAAUGCCGCGUACCUUUUGCAAAGGUUAA